AUGAGAUCCUUCCGCCGCCUGCUGCAGCAGCAGCAGCAGCAGCAGUUGCUGCUGCUGCUGCUGCUGCAGCUGCUGUUGCUGCCUUUUAUUCGGGUCUCUGAGGGACUUGUGCUGCCGAGCAGACAAGGAGGGAUGCAGCAGCAGGUGUACCUGCUACAGCAGCAGCAGCACCAACAGCCACAGCAGCAGAGGCAGCAGCAACAGCAAAGAACAGUUGCAUUCCUUACAGCAGCACCUGCAUGCGGCUUGCAAUGGAGGCACGGUAGAGGCAGCUGCAGCAGAUAUACUGCAACAGCAACAGCAGCAGCUGCUGCUCCUGCUCCUGCAGCAGCAGCAGCAGCAAAGCUACCAUGCAGCUGCGGAGACACCUCAUGCCCAUUUACUGUUGGCAUUCGUCUUUGUAGCCCGGCAAAGGCAAAUCUAUUCCUACAGGUCUUCCCCAAAGGCAGCAGCAGCAGCAACAGCAGCAGCAGCAACAGCACCAGCAGCAACAGCACCAGCAGCAGCAGAGGCGAGUACCAUGAGUUGCUGUCUGUCUUUCAGGCUUUGAGUCUUAGCGAUGAGGUGUCUGUACACCUAAAACCCCCUGGAUUUACUUUAGAUGCAGCAUGCAGCAGCAGCAGCAGCAGCAGCAACAGCAGCAGCAGCAGCAGCAGCAGCAUGGAGUAUCCUUUUGUCUCCGUCAGCAGCAAAGGAGACAUUUUAUUUAGCAGCAAAGAUUUGAAUUGUCCGCCACAAAAGAAUCUUAUCUUUAAGGCAUUAAAUUUCUUUAGGCAGUACUGCAUGCAGCAGCAGCAGCAGCAGCAGCAGCAGCAAGUGCAGCAGCAGCAGCAGCAACAACAGCAACAGCAGCAGCAAGUGCAAUUUGUAGUACAUUUAAAGAAAAAAAUUCCUAUGGAGGCAGGAUUAGGAGGAGGAUCGUCUAAUGCUGCUGCUGUGCUGCAUGCAGCAGAUCUACUCCUUACCAAGGGUCAAUACUCGCAGCAGCAGCAGCAGCAGCAGCAACUGCAGCAGCAGCAGCAACUGCAACAGCAGCAGCAACUGCAACAGCAGCAGCUGUCUAUGGACCGCGUUGCUGCUGAUUUUUCUAGAGAAGCAACACAGCUGUCCUCAUCAUCCGCACCGCCACCAGCAGCAGCAGCACCAGCAGCAACACAAGCAGCAGCAGCAGCAACAACAGCAGCAGCAGCAGAUAUGCAUUUUAGUUCUCCUUUUAUGUCUGAUUUAUUAUCUAUGCUGCUGGGAUCGGACGUUCCCUUCUUCCUCAGCAGCAGCGGCGCUGCUGUCUGCAGCAGCAGAGGAGAGAAGGUUACUUGCUGCUCAUCAAGGUUGCUGCUGUUGCUGCAGCGAGUCGUACAGCAGCAGCAGCAGCAGCAGCAACAGCAGCAGCAGCAGCAGCAGCAGGUGGAUAUUUUUGUUGUUAAAGGGGAUGGAGGACUUUCUUCAAGAGAAGUCUUCAAGCACUUCGACCACCUCAACAGCAGCAGCAGCAACAGCAGCAGCAGCAGCAGCAGCAGCAAUAGCAGCAGCAGCAGCAGCAACAGCAGCAGCAGCAGCAGAACAGAGGACAUUCGUGUUGUUUCUGAUUGGCUCUGCAGGCGAGAUGAGCCAACCAUCCGCAAAACAGCAACAGCAACAACAACAGCAGCAGCAGCAGCUAUAGCAGCAGCAGCAGCAGCAGCAGCAGAUGAGCCGCCUAAGGAGGUAGUUGCUGCUUUCCGUCGUUGUUUGCUGCAUAACGAUUUGCUUCCUGCUGCUGCUGCACUGCAGCAGCAAGUUGCAGAUGUUGCUGCUGCUCUUAGCUCUAUUACAGGACCAGCAACAGCAGCAGCAACACAGCAGCAGCAGCAGAAGCAGCAGCAGCAGCAGAAGCAGCAAGUGCUAGUAGCAAGCGGCCUAACUGGCAGCGGCGCGGCGCUCAUUGGCAUCGCAAAGGCACCAACAGCAGCAGCAGCAACAGCAGCAGCAACAGCAACACCAGCAGCAACAGAAGCAGCAGCAGCAGCAGCAGCAGAAGUUCGAGCAAUUGCUGCUGCACUGAAUCUGAUUGGGUAUAGGUGCUGCCCUGUAUACAAGAGGCCGCUUACUGCUGAGGUGUACGUACACCCCAUUGCUGCUGCUGCUGCUGCUGCUGGUGGUGCUGCUGCAGAUACAGCAGCAGGAACAGCAGCAGCAGAGAAGCAGCAGCUGCAACACUAUUGGUUCGCCCCUGACGAACCAGCAGCAAAACUUAAUUAA